UUCGCCGCGGCCGCCUCCGCUGCGGGCCCGAAACAAUAGUGCAGGAGCCCGAGCCGCGCUCGGAUCCGCGGCGGCGGCGGUGACGGCGGCCCACGGAGCCGGACGGGACCUCGGCUGGGGAGCCCGGAACUCGGGACUUGGCGAAAACACAACCAGAUUCCCCCAGCGAAGUUGCAGAGCUCUGUCCUGAACUGGUCCUGCUCUGCGCUCUGCCAACUUGGUUGGCAGAACCCGGGCAGCUGAGCAAUCUGUGUGUGGGGCACUAUGAACGAAGAGGAGCAGUUUGUAAACAUUGAUUUGAAUGAUGACAACAUUUGCAGUGUUUGUAAACUGGGAACAGAUAAAGAAACACUCUCCUUCUGCCACAUUUGUUUUGAGCUAAAUAUUGAGGGCGUUCCAAAAUCUAAUCUUUUACACACCAAAUCACUAAGGGGCCAUAAAGACUGCUUUGAAAAAUUCCAUUUAAUUGCAAACCAGGAUUGUCCUCGAUCUAAGCUUUCCAAAAGUACAUAUGAAGGAGUUAAAACCAUUUUGAGUAAGAAGAUAAACUGGAUUGUACAAUAUGCACAAAAUAAAGAUCUGGAGUCCAAUUCUGAAAGUUCUAAAAACUCCCAACAUCACCUGUUUAAUUUCAGGCAUAAGCCAGAUAAGAAAUUACUCCCACAGUUUGACUCUCAAGUGCCAAAAUAUUCUGCAAAAUGGAUAGAUGGAAAUAAGAGUAGCAUUUCAAACUGUAAACAAAGGAUUUUGGAGCAGAGGGGAAAUACAGACUUUGGGCUGGCUAUGUUACAAGAUUCAAGUGCCACUUUAUGCCGUGACAGUGUAGUGUGGCCCCACAGUUGCAAGCAGGCACAGAAAAAAGAAGAGGCAAUCUCUAGUCCAGAGGCGAACGCCCAGAGACAGAAUCUACAAUUCAGCAGAGAGGAAUUGAACUCAAUGACACUUGGUGAAGUAGAGCAACUGAAUGCAAAGCUCCAACAGCAAAUCCAGGAAGUUUUUGAAGAGUUAUCACACCAAGUUCAAGAAAAAGAUUCUUUGGCCUCAGAGCUCCAUGUCCGCCAUGUUGCCAUUGAACAGCUUCUCAAGAACUAUUCCAAGUUACCAUGCCUGCAAGUUGGACGAACAGGAAUGAAGUCACACUUUCCCAUAAACAACUGAACCAGACAUCACAUACUCUACCCUUCAUUGGUCUGCCAAGCAUGCAAACUUUGAAGAAAUUUGAAGAAAGUUCAUGGUCCAUAUUUUUAUGAUCAUUUCUUUAAUUUGAAGAGCAUAAGGAGAUAUCGAAUAUCCUUGUCUAAUAAAGUAGAUCCCUGUCUUCUAGGGUUAUCAUUUGGCUUCAUUUUGGGAAUCUUUUACCUAUUGUUUACUAAAUGCUUGUCCCUAAUUUUCACACCAUGUACCUAUUUAAAUAUACUGUUAACAGUGUGAUUUUAUUAAACAUUUUAAUAUAAUGCCAAGACAAUAGAAGAUUAAGAAACUAUAUUAAUCUAAACUACUAAAGAUAAUUUUAAAAGGGAAAUGGAAUUCAUAAAUCACCUCUUAUUUAUUAUGAGCAAUAUUUUAAUAUAAAAUUUUAUAUACAAAACUGCUAUUUUAGGUACUUCAUUCCCUUUAUAAAUGUGUAUUUGAAAUGGCACCAUAUAUUUACACUUUCAUGUGUAAAUAUGUUCACCCAUAUUUCAGAUCAGUGCAUUUUAUUCUUUUUAAUACAGUGUUUUUACAACUGUUACGUUGCUUUCCAAAGAUAAAUGUAUUUUGGAGUAGCAAUCUAUCUAGUUCAGUCUUCUGAUAAAUUAAGAAGGCAAAAUGAAUAACUUGGAGCAAAUAAUCAAGUACAUAAAAUACAUUAUUUUGUUUUCUAACUAUAGCAAUUCCAAGUUAAUUUAGUAAGAGAAUAAUGAGCUAAUUUCUGUAUCUAUUUUUUUGUCCCCAUAGAAAUCACAUUGUUACUUUCCUUCUAAAGACUUGUUAUAUUAGGCUUGGGACAGAAUAAGUGAAGCCUCACUUCCAAGUCAAAUGUAAUAUAUAUUUUCAAAUAGAAAUUAGUGUACUAUUUUUGGAAAAAAGAAUUCUGUGUGCCACUUCAGAUACAUUUCAAAAAAUUCUUAUUAAAUGGUUCAAAUUUUGUUUUCUAUAUCAUUUCAAUCAAUGCUUAAGAGUGCAUUUCAAAAUAUUUUUCUAAACUUUAAAGUCUAAUGGGAAAGAUAAAAUUUCUUGACACAAGAAAAACAAAACUCCUAAUUCAACAUAAUAAGCUCACACAAAAGGACAUUCUUAUAAGCUGCCUAUGUUUUCAGUGUUCUUAACUAAUAGUUUGUGUAAAGCAACUAGAUAAAUUUUAAUGUUCUAUAGUAAAAAGUAUAUCCAUGGUCUAUAAAUUCUAUCUUUAAAUGAUACUUAGGAUGUGUUUUCUCUAUGCUUGAAAUAAUCUAAAAAAAGAAAAUCUCCAUUAACUUGGCAGCUUCAUGUAUAAAGAUAUAGAUGACUUCUGCCUUAAAUUUGACAGCCAAUACUGGCUUGGGUCAGAUUUCAAUCUUAAACACAAACAGUAUUUGACUAUUCAAAAAAAAUGUUUCCAUCCAAUUAAAAACAACUUUUUUGUAAUGCUAUAAUGUAGUAUUAAAUUUCCCUGAAGGUAUUAAUUGAUAUGCCAUUAAUUUUGUUUUGUUUUUCUUUGAAAUAUGCUAAACAAACAGGCUUUUAAGUGUAGAAGAAAACCCCUUUCAAAUUCAGUUCUUUGAGAGCCAUCUAAAAUGAACUUACAAUGCAAGGAGUGAGAUGGAUGUAUUGCCUUAGUUUUGAUAAGCUUUAAAUUGAAUGUGUGCAACUGGAAAGUGUCUAAAUUUACAAAUUGGAUUAAAGACAUGUUCUGGUCAUGCCAAUAAGUAUUUUAGUGUUUAGUUGUUAUGGUUACACUUUGAAAUUUGAAUUUAUUCUUUUUUGGCAUAAUUAGUUAAUAUUAUGAGCAAAUGUGGUUGCACAUAUUUGGGCUUCUGUUUAGAUGACUUCAGGACAGUCAUAAAAGUUUGCAGUGUGUUGCAGUUGAUACCAGUAGUAGUGUAUUUCCAGAACAUGAGCCAUAUGGUGCAAUCCUAAAUACAACAGUGUUAUCCAAAGAAAAUGUUUGCUCCUCUCUUAAAGAGCUUCCUGGCAAGUAUGUGGCUUUACUAAUGAGUUUGAAAUCAUUGUGUGGGAAUGUGCAUGUACUAAGAUCUUAAUUAGGGACUCCAAUUUAAUCCAUGUAGAUAUUGCUACUUAAUCUUCUCAAAGGAAAGGUGCUCUAAAACUAUCUGUGGUGCUAGUACUAAUACCUAGUACUUAUUCCAUUGAAUUUCUAGAAAAAAAUCAUUGAGAUAUUUUGCAUAACGUUGUAUCUUAAUAUUUGUUAUACAUAUUUCUGUGCUUUCUUGAUUGAAUAUGCAAUUGCUAUAUAUGCAAAAAUGAGGAUCAGGGACAGAGUUGAGUACUAGUGAGAGAACAUGAACUACAUACACAUAGACCAGUUUCCAAACUUGGCUGUUCUGUUGUCAGUACAUGAGAAAGUUUUUUUAAAAAUCUCAAGGGUGGCUUCACUUUCAAGACAACAAGAGACAUAUUGUUAUACAGUCAUUACUGACUUUUCAGAGCUUCUGUAGUCAAGGACAGGAAAUAAUUUUUUUCAUCUUUGAUCACCAUAUGAUGGUUUUCUUUAAAGGUUAGGUUUUCUUCUGUUUACCAUACUGGAGGCCAUGAGUGUGAUCCCCAUUACUAUAAUAAAGUUUUUAAAUUAUCCAACUUUAUUUUUAUCCUUUUGACUAAUAUUAACAUCUAAAUUAGUCCUUUGAGCUGGGGCAUAUUAUCUCAUACUUAUGAUCCAAGCUAGCUACUCAGGAGGCAAAAAUCCGAAUAAUCAUGCAAAAAGGUUAGCAAGACCCCAUCUCAAGAAGCCAAGUAUGUUGAGCAUAUUCCUUUAAUUAACAGCUACAUGGAAGACAUAGAUAAGAUUGGAGUCUAAGGCAGGCUAAUGAAAUAUGAGAAGACUUAUCAGAAAAAGAAAAUGAAAAAUGGCCAGGAGUCAUUGCUCAAAUGGUAGAACACCUUCACCUCAAAGCUCAGACCUGUCAAAAAUAAGUCCUUUGAAAAAGAACGUGCACUUGAGGCUCCAACAAGACGAUACUCAAGCAGCCUAGCAAUAUUUUGUUCGGUUAUAUAAUCCUUUAUGUAAAAUGUUGGAGUAAAGAGAUACCCUUAGUUUUCCAACAUAUGUGUUCAUUUCACCAGAAAGUGCCCAUUUUUAUACAUUUAAAAAUUUACAGUAUCAAGCUUAUGUUG